GGGGGGAGGAAGGGCGUGCAACCUCGACCGUACUCCUUUCUCCAAUCAACCAAACCUGAUAUCAGGCUCAGAUCCCCUCGAAACGACGGAUUGACCGACGCCCUUGGCUGGUAUUUUUGUUGGCGAAAACAUCAAGGCGAAAACAAAAAGGCUGUACAACACUAAAUAGCCACCCGUGGCCUACUUUCUCGUUCUCUGUACCUCCUUUUCCAGCAGCCCUCCUUUGACGAACCGCUCGUUACUUUACCUUUUUACUUUCCUUUCGCUUUCUCCAGCCCUUGCGCGACCCGACCCAAACGAGACGACGGCUCUGCGAGCAUCUCGAGCGGGGCAUUUCCCGGCCUCGACCCAGCCAUUAUAGCCUGCUCGUCUCGUCCGCGGGCAGCCACGCAAGUCAAGAUGAAUCCUCACCAGAAGAACAAGAUUGACAUCAACUCCCUCUCUCCCGAGGAGCAGCGCCUGUUCCGGCUCUACGGCAAGCUCCCCUCCAAGUCGGACCACUUCGCCAAGCACCUCAAGGAACGCAAGUACUUCGACAGCGGCGACUACGCCCUGUCCAAGGCCGGCAAGGCCGACUCGGUCGACGCCGGCUCCGUCGGCUCUCAGCACCCCGUGCCCGAGAACAUCCCCCACCUGUCCUCCCCCGCCAGCGGCUCGUCGGGCAGCUCCGGCCUCGCCAACGGCCUGAUACCCCACCUGCACCCGCCCGCCGGCUCCAGCGCCGGCGUCGCCGCCGCCGCCGCCGCCGGCAGCCCCGUCAAGGAGAGCAGCAUCCUGCACCGCGAGACGAGCGCCGACGACGCCGACGACGCCGACGAGGAGACGGACAAGGCCGCCGCCCCCGCGGCGCCCGCCGGGGCCAAGCAGGCCGCGCUGCAGCAACCCGACAGCGCAGCCAAGGCCGAGGCUAUCCCGAUCCGAGGAUAGAUCUGCGUCGAGGCCGGAAUGGCCUGGGUCUCUCUUCCUGUUUAUUCUUUUAUCGCCACUUCUGAGCCUUUUCUCUCUUUCACAAAAAGCUCUCUCUAUAUCUCCUCUCUCCCUUUCAAGGCCAGGAUUGAUGUUUAUCUGGGCAUCCAGGUGAACAAUUACCCCGCCUUCUGUGUCCCCUCUUGAUGUUGAAUGAAUACCUCUUCUGGGAAACGAAACGACCAUGAAGGGAGGAUUAUGACUGUGCGGUGGCUUUGUGGCGAGCUAUGAUAAGGAAUCGGUGGGGAUGCUUGCCCUCCCAUUUAUCUCCUAUCUGCGCCGUUCUUCUCUUUCUUGCUCAGUUUUGCUCUCGAUUUUGAUCUCGAUCUGUUGCGACCUUUUUACGCGCAACAAUUGCGGCGUCUGGCUCUGGAACUGGGAGUUGCGGGGGGAACGGUAUGAACGCAAAUUGAUAUUUGGUGAUAUGGGAUAUGAGGUUGUUUAUAUGACGUGGGCACAUGUCCUUUCCCCCUCCCCAGUCUUUCUCGUGAUUUCAUGGAUUUGCUUAUGAACCCCAACGUUGCUCGUUUGUGCUAUUCAUCCAAGAUGCAUAGCUUGACUGCGCCAUGAUGUGAUGCCCUAGAAUUAGGAUCCUGCCUCCUGUAUCCACGCUCGGCAACACUCACUCAUAACAACGGCGGCAACUUCUAUGAGCCCUAAUAAUUCAUUCGCCUGAUAUUCGUGCCUUCACAUGACUUUCAC